CCUCACCUCAAUCCCUCAUUCCAAAAUAAAAACAACUCAUGUUUAUUUUUAUAUUUUAAUAUAUUAUUAGAAAUGGAAAUAAUAUAGAAUUUUUUUCAAUGAAUCAUUUGAGAUGAUGGAUACCUUCACAACUAAAGUGAGAAUCACGAAAGUUCAGUGAAUGCUUUAAUUAUGUUCAGUACUUCCAAGUUAGGUUAUAUAUUGGUCAUAAUAAUUUUCAUGGGCUCAGUUGCAAUAUUAUAUCAAAUCCAAUUAACAAGACUGCAUGAUAAACUCAUAAUCUUGGAACAUCAUCAAGAGAAAUUCCAAUCAAAAGAGAAACAGAUACUCAAAAAACCCACCCUAACUGAUGACGACCAACUCAUUUUAUACAAUCGUGUACCAAAGACUGGAUCAACAAGCUUUGUAGGAGUAGCUUAUGAUUUGUGCAAGAAGAACAAGUUUCAUGUUCUUCAUGUGAACAUUACAGCAAACAGCCAUGUGGUCACCCUGGAGAACCAAGUCAAGUUUGCUACUAAUGUAUCAAACUGGGAGAGCAUGAAACCAGCUCUUUACCAUGGCCAUUUUGCAUUCCUUGAUUUUUCCAAGUUUGGUAUGCCAAAACCUCUGUUUAUCAAUCUAAUAAGGAAGCCUCUGGAGAGGUUUGUGUCUUACUACUAUUUUGUAAGAUAUGGGGAUAAUUUUAGACCAUAUCUGGUACGAAAGAAACAUGGAAAUACUGUGACAUUUGAUGAAUGUGUUGAGAAACAACUAUCAGAUUGUGAUCCCAACAAUAUGUGGCUGCAAAUACCCUUUUUUUGUGGGCACUCAGCUAAUUGUUGGAAACCAGGCAACAAAUGGGCUCUGAACGAAGCCAAGAAAAACCUAGCCAACAACUAUUUCCUAGUAGGAAUCACCGAGGAACUCCAAGACUUCAUUCAAGUACUGGAACUGUCUCUCCCUAAGUUUUUCAAAGGCGCCUCAGACCACUAUCUGAGCAGCAACAAAUCCCACUUGCGCAGGACCGUUCAGAAGGAUUUGCCGACAGAAGAGACCGUGGACAAGAUAAAGGCCAGCCCGGUGUGGCAGAUGGAAAAUGAGCUUUAUGAGUUUGCAGUGGAACAGUUCCACUUCACCAGGAAGUCUUUGUUGAGGAACAAGGAGCAACAAGUUAUGUACGAGAAGAUUAGGCCGAAGAUGUGAACGCGGUCGUUUUAUUGUAUUUUUUGUGAUAUAUGAGAUAUUUUAUAUACUUACUGAGGAUUAUUUAUUGACUCUUGUCUUU